AUGUCAAACACACCAAUACAGGGAUCAUCAAGCAAACCGAAUGUGGCUGCCGAGGACUACUCACGCAGCUCCAGCCGUACCAACAUACUGUCUGUAAGGAAUCGGUCAGCCACCAGAAUGAAAAAGAACUCAAGACCCAAUUUAAAACGACUUGGCUCGGUUAGCCACCCCCAAGGAUUGGUUUAUUCUGUUGACGACGAUAUAAAUGAAAAUGACAAGGACGACAGCACCAAAGAGUCGGAACCCAAAAGCGACAGAGACUAUUUAGAGGGAUACAACGACGCCUUACGAGCAUUGUCAAACCGCAAAGGCAGAACAUCUUCUGGCCACCUUUCGAUCGCUGGAACACCACUUAGGUCUCCCGAGGAAAUUGCCACCAUUGAAUCUAAACUAGCCAAAGAUUUGACGGACGCAGAAGAACAAAUGAGGUUACUAGAAGAUCUCGACAGUGGCCCCACCCCCAAUGUUACCGACGAGUUUGUUGAGCCCGAAGACAACAACGAAGAUGCUGGGUCAAUCAAGUCGACAUCCACAGUCGAGUCGCUCAACUUAAAGGAAAGACAAAACGCCAUCAACUCGACCCACCCGUUUGGUAUAAAGAUUUGGAAACCUUCGUUAUACAAAAAGAAACGGUCAGUGGCUACCCGUGCCGAAGAAGACAUCCACGAUUUCGACCCACGUAAACCAACAGCAAGGAUUUACUGGGGCGUAAAGUUGACCAACAUCGUAUGGUCCUUAACUGCGGGAUUACUCAUCUGCCUCAUCUGCUUGCUUGGCGCAGCAUUUGUAUUUAUCUUUUCGGGGUUUGCUAUUGAGAGAAAACUGAGACCUUACGUCAAGGCAUUGUUAAAGUUGGGACAUUACUGGUUAUACCCAUUUGGUAAAUUUGUAUUGUUGAACCGAGAACAAAACUACUUGGACGAAGACCAAUUAGAAGGAAGAACCAUCAACGAAUUCCAUCAAUGGAGACUCCAGGAAGAAGGAAGAUUGUUUUUCGCCCCACCAAGAAGGUACACUGGAUCCGAAUCAACACGACCAUUGCUAAAAGACCACCGAGGUCGACCUUUGCGAGAUGCAUACUCGCUGUUGGACGACGGUAUACAAGAAGAAGAAGACGAGCAGGACAACGACGCUAACGACAUCAAAGUCAGGUUUUUCGGACGUGGUGACUGGAGUUUUGGAAGAAUCGCAUUUUACGUAUACUUUUACGGUAUUAUCCAGCCAAUUUCCUUUUUCAUCGGCAUCUUGUGCUGGCUCAUCGUGUUCACCAUCCCCAUGGCGAAAAUCACAAACACCAUGAACGACCAUAUGAGACGACACCCAUUGGCAUUGGACUACGAGCUCGAAAAGGAUUACUACAAAAGGGUUGAACGCACCCCAAGAAAGAAGAACCAGGUCAUCUUGUUAUGUACCUACAGGUGCUGCGGAUUCCAUUACUACAAGUAUACCAUCGACGGUACCAACAUCUUUUUCAUAAACCUAUUGUCAGUGGUCAUCUUUGCAAUCUUGGACUACUACUUCCUAAAGGAAACCAUGCACUGGGACUCCUGGAUAACCGAGUCCAACUUUAUUUUCUGCUUGUCGUUGUUUUCAAUCAUACCAUUGGCAUAUUUCAUUGGCCAGGCCGUUGCAUCUAUCUCCGCACAAUCGUCAAUGGGCGUGGGUGCGGUGAUCAACGCCUUUUUCUCAACAAUUGUGGAAAUCUUUUUGUACUGUGUUGCCCUCAACCAAGCAAAGGGAAAAUUAGUCGAAGGGUCCAUGAUUGGGUCAAUUUUGGGUGCAGUGUUGUUGUUGCCAGGGUUGUCAAUGUGCGGGGGUGCAUUCAAACGGAAAACUCAGAGAUACAACCCGAGAUCUGCUGGUGUCUCCUCAACAAUGUUACUGUAUGCCAUGGUGGUGAUGUUUGCCCCAUCGAUCUUCUACCAAAUGUACGGAAGCUACGAAAUGAAAUGCAAAGACUGCACAUCCCCCGGAGUUUGCGGCCGGUGCAGAUUUAUCCAGCCCACAUUUGUCUUGGACUCCCUCUACUCAACAGUCAUCAAACCAUUUUCGUUGAUUGUCACAGUGGCCUUGUUUGCAGCAUACGUUUGUGGGUUAUUUUUCACUUUACGAACCCACGCAUCCUUGAUCUGGGCAACUACGUCUCACGAACCAAAACGCGACGACUAUUUCAGAUCAAACAGUGUUGUCAGCAUGAGCACACCAACCCAAACACCAAAACCCACCACCCCAUUACCGGCCAAGCCAGAAGAAGACCAAGGUGGCGGCCACGACGCACCCAAUUGGUCAAGAUCGAAAUCUACAAUCAUAUUGCUUGGGGCAACAAUUUUAUAUGCCAUUAUCGCAGAAAUCCUAGUCGACAACGUGGACUCCAUCUUGGCAGAUUUCCCCAUAAACCCCAAAUUCUUGGGACUAACGGUUUUUGCAUUGGUUCCAAAUACCACAGAGUUCCUUAAUGCCAUAUCGUUUGCCGUCGGCGGCAAUGUCGCCUUGUCGUUAGAGAUCGGUAGUGCAUACGCUUUGCAGGUGGUGUUGAUCCAAAUUCCGUGCUUGGUCCUCUACUCAAUAUACCAGAACUUUGAAAAUGUCGAGCAGACAUUCACGUUGAUUUUCCCACUGUGGGAUAUCAUCGCCACACUCAUUUCCAUAUACUUGUUCACCUACAUCUACGCCGAGGGUAAAUCAAACUACUUUAAAGGUGUCAUUUUGAUAUUGAUCUAUGUUGUUGUUCUCUCUGGGUUCUGGUUUAACGAUAUUAUCGAUAGCAUCUAG